AUGACCAGCAACCUGCUGGCGGCGCUGAAAAGCCAACAGGGCAAGGGUACCACGGUGACGACGCAUCCCCUCAUCGAGGCGGCCAAGAGCGGGUCGGAGGAUGCCUGUGCGAAGGCGAUGCAGGGGCCCAAGGUGAAGGUGGACCAGAAAGAUGCCGACGGCAUCAGCGCCCUGAUGUAUGCGGCAGAGAUGGGCCAUAUUCACGUGGUGAAGUUCCUGGUGGACGCAGGCAGUCGGAUCUCCGCCAAGGAUGACACGGGGGAGACGGCCCUGAUGAAAGCCUGCAAAUCGGGGCACCUGGAGGUGGUGAGGUAUCUCAUCGAUGCCCAGACCCAACGCCACAAGCGGGGGGGCAUGACGGCGGAUCAGAAGUUCAUGAAGAUGGAGAGGCAGCGUGUGCUGGACGUGAAGGACGAUGAGGGGGUCACCGCGCUGAUGAAGGCGGCGGAGAACGACGAGCUGGAAGUCCUGCGGCUCUUGGUGGACGAAGGCGCCUCUCUGGACCUGAAGGACGACCAUGGCUGGACGGUGUUGAUGUGGGCGGCCCUGGCCGGGAGCAUUGACACCUGCGAGUUCUUGAUCAAAAACUACGACGCGGCCGCGGAUUAUGUGACAGACAAGGGCGAGACCGCGCUCAUGAAGGCUGCCGCCAAUGGUCACCAGGAUGUCUGCGAGUUUCUGAUGGAGCAGGGCGCCAAGGUGAACCAGCUGGACUCGGAGCACCAAACCGCCCUCAUGUGGGCGGCCGCCAUGGGCCAUUCCUCCGUGGUGCGGUGCCUCCUGGCCAAGGAUGCGAAGGUGGACCUGCCCUGCAAGGGCGGCAAGACCACCUUGAUGUUGGCCGCCCAGCUGGGCCGUGAGGUGGUCAUCGGGGACCUGCUGGCUGCCCGCGCGAAGGUGGAGCACCAGGACUCGGAGGGCUUCAAUGCGCUCUUCGGGGCCAUCCAAAGCGGCAGCCAGGACCUGGUGACGCUUCUCAUGCAGCAUCGUUGCUCCGUUGAGGCCCACAACAAGCGGGGGGAGACGCCAUUGAUGUGGGCGGCCAUGCAGCAGCAGCUGGAUUGCGUCAAGCUCCUGCUGCAGGUGUGGAUGGACAUCGCCUUCUUGGCCAUGUUCUACAAGAUGUCGGAUCCGUAG